AUGCUGCGGGCGCCCGCGUGUCUGCUGCUGCUGCUGCUGCUCUUGCUCCUGCUCCGGGCGCCCGGGACGCGGGGUGCGCCCGGGUGCCCCGUGCCCAUCCGCAGCUGCAAGUGCUCCGGGGAGCGGCCCAAGGGACUCAGCGGCGGCGCCCCGAACCCCGCGCGCCGGCGGGUGGUGUGCGGCGGCGGGGACCUCUCGGAGCCCCCCGAUCCCAGCCUCCUGCCCAACGGCACCGUGACGCUGCUCUUGAGCAACAACAAGAUCACUGGGCUCCGGAAUGGCUCCUUUCUGGGACUGGCUCUGCUGGAGAAGCUGGACUUGAGGAACAACGUCAUCAGCACAGUGCAGCCUGGAGCCUUCCAGGGUCUUUGGGAGCUCAGGCGCUUAGACCUCUCCAACAACAGGAUCGGCUGCCUCACCUCUGACACCUUCCAAGGCCUCCCUAGGCUUCUCCGACUAAAUAUCUCUGGGAACAUCUUCUCCAGCUUGCCGCCUGGUGUCUUUGAGGAGCUGCCUGCCCUGAAGGUUGUGGACCUGGGCACCGAGUUCCUGACAUGUGACUGCCGCUUGCAAUGGCUACUGCCCUGGGCCCGGAACCGCUCCCUGCAGCUGUCGGAGCGCACACACUGUGCCUAUCCUGCUAGCCUGCGUGCCCAGGCUCUGGGAGGCCUCCGGGAGGCUCAGCUCCGCUGUGAGGGUGCCCUAGAGUUGCACACGCACCACCUCAUCCCAUCCCUGCGCCAAGUGGUGUUCCAGGGGGACCGACUGCCCUUCCAGUGCUCUGCCAGCUAUCUGGGCAAUGACACCCACAUCCGCUGGUACCACAACCGGGUGCCGGUGGAGGGUGAUGAACAGGCAGGCAUCCUGCUAGCCGAGAGCCUCAUCCAUGACUGUACCUUCAUCACCAGUGAGCUGACCCUGUCUCACAUCGGUGUGUGGGCCUCGGGCGAAUGGGAGUGCUCCGUGUCCACGGUCCAGGGCAACGCCAGCAGAAAGGUGGAAAUCGUGGUGCUGGAGACCUCUGCCUCCUACUGCCCUGCCGAGCGCGUGGCCAACAACCGCGGCGACUUCAGGUGGCCGCGUACCCUGGCUGGCAUCACAGCCUACCAGUCCUGCCUCCAGUACCCCUUCACCUCUGUGCCCUUGAGUGGGGGCGCCCCAGGGACCCGGGCCUCUCGCCGCUGUGACCGAGCUGGCCGCUGGGAGCCAGGCGACUACUCACACUGUCUGUACACCAAUGACAUCACCCGCGUGCUCUACACCUUUGUGCUGAUGCCCAUCAAUGCCUCCAAUGCACUGACCCUAGCCCACCAGCUGCGAGUGUACACGGCCGAGGCUGCCAGCUUCUCCGAUAUGAUGGAUGUUGUCUAUGUGGCUCAGAUGAUCUGGAAAUUUCUGGGUUAUGUUGACCAGAUCAAAGAGCUGGUGGAGGUGAUGGUGGACAUGGCCAGUAACCUGAUGCUGGUGGACGAGCACCUACUGUGGCUGGCCCAGCGUGAGGACAAAGCCUGUAGCGGUAUCGUGGGCGCACUGGAGCGCAUCGCAGCGGCUGCCCUGAGCCCUCAUGCCCAGCACAUCUCUGUGAACUCGAGGAACGUGGCGCUGGAGGCCUACCUCAUCAAACCCCACAGCUACGUGGGCCUGACCUGCACGGCCUUCCAGCGGAGGGAGGCCCCAGCUGCGCGGCCUGCAGGUCCGGGGCAGCAUCUAUCCCCCGAGCCAGAGCCAACAAGCGAUCAGCAGCUCCGCUUCCGCUGCACCACUGGGAGGCCUAACAUUUCCCUGUCAUCCUUUCACAUCAAGAACAGCGUGGCCCUGGCCUCAAUCCAGCUGCCGCCCAGUCUGUUCUCGUCUCUCCCAGCUGCCCUGGCUCCCCCAGAGCCCCCAGACUGUACCUUGCAACUUCUCGUCUUCCGAAACGGCCGCCUUUUCCGCAGCCACAGCAACACCUCCCGACCUGGUGCUGCGGGGCCUGGCAAGAGGCGGGGGGUGGCCACCCCAGUCAUCUUUGCAGGAACAAGUGGCUGCGGCGUGGGCAACCUGACCGAGCCAGUAGCUGUUUCUCUGCGGCACUGGGCUGAGGGGGCUGAUCCUGUGGCUGCUUGGUGGAGCCAGGAAGGUCCCGGGGGUCCUGGGGGCUGGAGCUCCGAAGGCUGCCAGCUUCGCUCCAGCCAGCCCAAUGCCAGUUCCCUGCACUGCCAGCACUUGGGCAACUUGGCUGUGCUCAUGGAGCUGAGUGCCUUCCCCAGGGAGGUAGGGAGCUCUGGGGCAGGGCUGCACCCCGUGGUAUACCCUUGCACCGCCCUGCUCCUUCUUUGCCUCUUCUCCACCAUCAUCACCUACAUCCUCAACCACAGUUCGAUUCAUGUGUCCCGGAAGGGCUGGCACAUGCUGCUGAACCUGUGCUUCCACAUGGCCAUGACCUCUGCAGUCUUCGCCGGAGGCAUCACUCUCACCAACUACCGGAUGGUCUGCCAGGCAGUGGGUAUCACCCUGCACUAUUCCUCACUGUCUACACUGCUCUGGAUGGGUGUGAAGGCCCGUGUCCUCCACAAGGAGCUCACCUGGAGGGCGCCCCCUCCUCAAGAAGGGGACUCGGCCCCACCUGCCCCCCGCCCCAUGCUCAGGUUCUAUCUGAUGGCAGGAGGGAUCCCGCUCAUUAUCUGCGGCAUCACAGCUGCGGUCAACAUCCACAACUACCGGGACCAUAGCCCCUACUGCUGGCUGGUGUGGAGACCCAGCCUGGGCGCCUUCUACGUCCCGGUGGCCUUGAUCCUGCUCAUCACCUGGAUCUACUUCCUCUGCGCUGGGCUCCGCUUACGGGGUCCUCUGUCCCAGAACCCCAAGGGGGGUCCCGGCCGGGGGUCCCUGGAGCCGGGGCUGGAGGCGCGGGGCUCGGGCAGACUCAGGAGCCACGGCCCCUUGCUGAGUGACUCGGGCUCCCUGCUAGCCCUGGGCAGCUCCGGGCACCCCGAAGACGGGGACAGCCUCUACUCGCCCGGGGUGCAGCUGGGGGCGCUGGUGGCCACUCACUUCUUGUACCUGGCCAUGUGGGCCUGCGGGGCGCUGGCCGUGUCGCAGCGCUGGCUGCCCCGCGCGGUGUGCAGCUGCCUGUACGGCGCGGCGGCCUCGGCCCUGGGGCUCUUCGUCUUCACCCACCACUGCGCCCGGCGCCGGGACGUGCGCGCGUCGUGGCGCACCUGCAGCCCCGCGGCGGCCCGGGUCCCGGCCCGGGCGGCGCCCCCGGCCCUGGAGGACGGCCCCCCCGGGGUCGGAGAGGCCGCCCCCUCCACCAAGGCCUCCCCCGGCGGCCACGCGCCCCUGGCCGCCUGCAAGCUCACCAACUUGCAGCUGGCGCGGAGUCAGGGGUGCGAGGCGCGCGGGGACGGGGAGCCGGAGCUCCCGGGCGCCCGGCGCCACCCGUGCAACAACCUGCACCCCGGGGGGCGCCGAGGGCACAAGAGUCGGGCCAAGGGGCACCGCGCGGCUGCCGCUGCCUCUGCAGGGGAGGCCGCGGGCAAGGGCCGGCCCAAGGCGCCGGGUCCGAGGCCCGAGCUGCUGUCCAGCGAGAGCGGCAGCGCGCAGCACAGCGCGUGUGACAGCUACAGCCACAGCCACAGCCACGCGGGCAGCAGCCGGCACAGCCCUGGGGCCGGGGUCCCCCCCGACGGCGAGCCCCCAGUUCCGCUCUCCGAGGGCAGCGACACCAGCGCCGUGCCCACCCAGCGCCGCUGCGCCAGCCGCGACCCCCUGCAGGGAGGCCCCGCCGAGCCGGACCCGGAGAGCCAGCGCCGCUCCUACCCGCUGCACGCGGCCGGCCUCAACGGCGCCGCCCAGGGCGUCCAGCACGAGGACGCCUGCAUGCGCACUGGCCUCUGGAAAAGCGAGACCACCGUCUAGGGGCCAGGGGCCACGGCCCGGGGCUCACCGUCCGGGCCCCACGUCCGGGCCCCACGUCCGUUCUGGG